UUCCCGUUCGGCCGCUGUAUAUAAACUACCGGAUGGUGCAGUGCAGGGGCAGGUUGCCGUUCAUAAAUGGCGCCCGCCUUUUUGGAUUGUGCGCACUCCCUGGGAGCGCGCAGCACUGCGAUCCAGUGCCCACUGACACAGUGGAACACCAAUCGCUGUAUGGGACCACUGUGUGAGGUCCCAAUCAUGUGAUCACUGAUUGGCCAAUCAGUGAUCACAUGAAGAGUAGUAAGCAAGAUGUCACUUCUUACAUCAUUGCUUACUACGUGUGAAAUCUGUGAAUGAUCACAGAGGACACAUGG